AUCGAGGCAUGUAGACAAGACACAAUUUGUGUCACCAUCUUACGGGACCAUGUUUGUUCUUCUCGUCGGCAUUCAUCUGCUGUUCCUCGCUCACGAUUCCCUCCAGCACUGCUCAGAUGGAAUUCCCAAAGAGUGUCUGGAGGCUGAUUUUGCUCCUGGGACAAAUUUGGGCGGAGAAGGAUUCGAUAUCACCAAAAUGGAACAAAAAGGAGUGUAUGUGAUCAACAUGAAUAAGUGGCGACGUAAAGACAAGACCUGCACCCUAUGUUCAAAUCCUUUUUUGGAAAAUAAGAAACAAAAGCUGCCUCUGUCAGUAGUGGACUGGAGAGCCAAGAGCUCAUGUAGCGCCAAAGUGAAAAGCCAGCUCCAUAAGUCCAGCGAGUCUCUGCUUAAUUCCAACACUGCAUCCAUCGAAAACAACUGGAAAAGCAGCUUGGAUAUCUCUGUGGGAGCUGCUAGCACUAACUUAAUGUUAGCAGGUACACAAUCGAAAAUAGCCGAAUAUUCCAUGGCGAAAAGCAAAGAAGACAAAUACAGCUUCGCAACUCAGAGCAUGGCCUGCGAGUACUACAGAUACCGGGUUUCCACAACCCCGACACUGCACCAUGAAUUUCGUCAAGCAAUAAGUCAACUCCCCAAAACCUACACGGCUAAAACCAAACAGCAAUUUUACGGAUUCAUUAACAAAUUUGGCACUCACUACAUCACCAUGGUGCGCAUCGGGGGCAGUGUGAAGUCAGUGACCAGUAUCCGUGAGUGUGAGGCUAGUCUGGAGGGCCUCAGUGCAGAGGAGGUACAGGCCUGUCUGGAGGUGGAGGCGUCUGCCAGCUACAUCAGAACUGAGGCUAAAGCUGAGAGCAAACACUGCAAAUCAGACAUCCAGAAGUCAGAAAAGAAGUCCUCCUUCGCCAGCUCCUUCAACGACAGGUUCACAGAGAUUAGAGGAGGCCACACCACAGAGCCGGACCUGCUGUUCUCUGCAGACAAAGAGCCUUCAGCCUACAAAGACUGGCUGAGCACACUGCCCCAGCACCCAGACAUCCUCUCCUACUCCCUGGAUCCUUUGCACCAGCUGCUGCCUCGCCAGUCUCCCUCCCACUCCAACCUCCGCUCCGCCAUCAGCCACUACAUCCUGGAGAAAGGCCUGUGGAGGAACUGCAGCUCCUCUUGUUCCGCCGGAGUCAGGACAAACUCCCGGGACUCCUGUGUCUGUCAGUGCCACAACAACGCAGGAGUAAAUCAGGACUGCUGCCCCACUCAGAAAGGCUUGGCCCGGGUGGUCAUCACGGUGCAAAGGGCUGAAAACCUCUGGGGCGACACAACCACAGCCACAGACGCAUACGUAAAAGUCUACAGAGGAAAGACACUAUGGAGAACAAAUGUCAUCUGGAACAAUAACAACCCUCACUUUCAAUACGUCAUCGACUGGGGCGACGUGAAUCUUUUAGCGGGGAAUAAAGUUCGAUUUGAAGUGUGGGAUGAGGACAACAAAUGGGACGAUGAUCUUUUGGGAGAGUGUGAUCGAGUUCUUACGGUUGGGGUCAAAACUGACGUGUGCAACCUACAACAUGGCCGACUGUUUGUCAAGUGGCAAGUGCAGUGUGCUCCGAACCUUAGCGGAGACCUCUGUACGGUUUAUAAAGCUACGCCCAUGAGUCCAUCUCUAAAGGGGUGGUUCAAGUCCCGUCACUCCCAUCCAGUUCCUGAAGCCCUGCUGCUGCAAUGGGGCGUGUUCGUGAACGGGUCAAAGAGCAACCAAACCAGAGUCUAAGGAAUGAGUUUCAAAUCUGCGCUUAUAUCUAAUCUUAAAAUAUAUGAUUAGCCUUUUGUAUCAAUAUAAUAACAAGAUGCAAGUUGUUGAUUCUUGGCAGUAACAUCACACUGGGGGUGUUCUAUGUGUGUCUCUGUGGUUGAAUGUUCAGCAGUUAUUAUGGUGACAGUGCAGAUUCAAAGAUCUGUCUUAAAACUCAACGACAAACACAAAGUAGAUUUUCAGGAGGCUGUGAUCUAUAUGAGCGUUCAUGGUCCUGUUUAAGUUUGAAUUUCACCAAAAAGGUGAGAGUAACAAACUGAAAAACUGUUGGCUAAUGCUAUCUAGCUUGUGACUGUAGUUUUGUGUGAGAGAGACUUAUUUAAGAGCACAAAUCAUCAGCUCAUCUGUUGUAGUUCCAACUAAACCACCUCUUUCUGAUCAAAACAAACCUCAGAUUAAAGUCUAAUAGAGCUUCUGACAGAGUAGUGCCUUCAGUUAGCAUCACACCCCCAGGGAAUAUUGAUGGCAUCAGCUGCAAAGUGUCGAUACAAAGAUAGUAUGAGGUCUUGGGUCGGAAGUUUUAGUAGCAGUAUUUCAGUUUUUGUAGCAGUGCGUACUAAAUACCUGUAUUCAAUGUUGUACAAAUACUUUUACGCUUUCAUUCUUGUCUGAGUUUAUUUGACAGUAUAGCAGCAUCACUCCAGCUUUAAUGAUACUGUAAUAAUGUUAAGAUGUUGUUUUUCCCUGAGAGUAAGUAUACUUGAUAGAUGUGCCGAAGUAUACAGAAGUUAGAUGUAGUGAUAGUGGUACAGAUCAUUUUCCUUUCAAGAAGUUGCUGUAUAAUCUUGUAAAAUAUUCAAAAGUUGUUUAGAUCAGUUGUACUUGUUUGGUUCAAUUGUACCUUUUUAAACAACUGCUUUCAAAAAUAAAAAUACCAUGUCAUUUGCCU